CUUCGUGCAACAUUUUCCCCUUCUUUUAAGCUUCAGCAUACGCUUUUUUGUUUCUACCAGAAAGGGACUACGGAAACUUUCGCGCAUCUCCUGACUCGACGGACCAUUUCCUUCUAUAAGAUGUCGGGCAUACUCAGCAGCCUCACGGGCAUGUUGGGAAAUGUGGGAGGCAUGUUGAAGGGUGCGCUGGAUAGGAUCUUCCCGCCCGAGACGAGGGCAGAGGUUCUGGCCAAACUUCAACAAUUUGCUGUCAACAAUCCGAAGCUUGCCGCCUUCCUAACAACCCAAAUCGCCCUAACCGGCAUCCCCCUCCUCCUCUUCCUCACCUUCUCCUUAACCGUCUUCCUCUUCUCCCUCAUCACCGCACUCCUCAUUGGUCUAGUCGCCGCUCUGCUCUUCACCGUUUUCAUGGUCGGCGUCGCCCUUCUGGUCGUCCUGCCUACUAUCUUCAUGACGACUUUCGCGGCCUCUUUCCUCUUCCUCUGGGGCCUUGGAGGGUACUACCUCCUGAAAUGGUUCAACGAAGGCGAAGCCCCAGCCCCGGAAGGCACCGUGAUCGGCGACAAGCUCAAUAGCUGGACCGGCGGUCGUAUGAGCUGGCUCACGGACGGCGCACGCAAGAAGCAGGAUGACCGCGCGACUGGAGUAGAUCAGACGCCCAAAACUCAUGGAAGCGACAAUGAUCACGUAAACGGAAGCACGAAUGGACAUACCAGCGGAGGAGCAUCGGAUAUUGCAAAGCAUGCCGAAACGGCGAAGGAUACAGCGACGAAGCAGGCGGAUGGCGUACAGAAGAGGGCUGGCAAGGGCACAGAUACUGCCAAGACUACAGGGGGAACGGCGAAGGGUGCGGUUGGUGGUGCUACGGGGACUUGAUAGACGAGGAUGCUGGUGACGAGAGUGCAGGACAAAGAUGUCGCGAUGAUGGCUAAGACUCAUGAUUGGGUGGUACAGUGUUUCAUGGGGGUAUAAUGCAUUAUUAUGGUGUAUCGGAUUAACCCCCCACGUUCCUCAGACUGAAGAGAUCCAUAGCAU